UUAAAUUUUAUCAAAUGAAAGACUCAAUCCAUAGAACAAUGCCCACAUUGUACUGCUUCACCAUCACAAUUUCUCUUCUCCUUAUCUCAACCACAUAUGCAUAUUCUGCGCCCUCAAAGCAAACGCAGCAGUACCUAAGCCUUGCAUACAAGUUCUUGGCUCCUCAAAAUGCUGCUCGGUCUGCCGUCCGAAUGAGGCCCUUGGUGUGGGAUGCAAAGCUUGCUAGGUAUGCACAGUGGUACGGCAACCAGAGGCGAUACGACUGUGCUUUGAGGCACUCCAACGGGCCUUACGGCGAGAAUAUAUUCUGGGGUAGCGGCAAGGGGUGGACGCCGGCUCAGGCGGUGAUGGCUUGGGUUUCGGAACGGAAGUGGUACAGUUACUGGUCAAAUUCUUGUGCCAGAGGGCAGGAAUGCGGGCAUUAUACGCAGAUUGUGUGGAGGAGUACAGGAAGAGUUGGGUGCGCUAGAGUUGAUUGUUUUGGUGGGAGGGGUGUGUUCAUGAUUUGUAGCUAUGAUCCUCCUGGGAACUAUAUUGGAGAAAGGCCUUAUUAAAUGUUGUUCUGAGAAAUUGCAUGCUAGGUUUAUGCCUCUUACUUAAUUCGUGGAGUUUGUUCCAUUAUUUUGUGAUGUGCUGUGGAUUUUUGCCAAUCUAUAGUCAUAGAUUAGUACUAUUAAUUAUAUAAUAAUUUGUACGAGCCCUGAGGAUGAGUACAUGCAUGGCUGGAUCAGUUUCCUUUAAUUAGGUUUCUGAUCUUGUAUUUAUAUAUUUUGUAUUUGGUGCAGAUAUUGGCCGCCUGAAUGACUAGUAAGACAAUGCACAGACUGUAAAGUUACAAAACGUGUCAUGCUUAUAUCUAUACAGUCUUGAUCGAUAUAUAUUCUCAUGACCCCAUGUAUGCCCUUUCCCA